GCCUUUAAAUUGUGCAAGUUGCACCUAAAAAUGUGGAACACAGACCAGCAGGUUUAGAGGCAUCAAGCAUCAACAAGAGACGUACCUUCGAAUUAGUCUCCCUUGGCAUUUGUUCUACCGUUCUGAUCACAGUCAUAACGAUGUCUGACACGACAGAGCUGGGCCCCGCAGAGCUUGACGAGAAGAGCACUCGUAGCAAUGAGGAGAGCGCGAAAGUCGUCAAGGAUGAUGACCUCGAAAGACAAGAAAUGAUGAAAGAGGGUGAAGUCGCGACUCAGGAUGCAGAGGCAGCGAGGCGCGAAUGGAUCCGAACCGCCCCUGAGUCUCCGCGCAACUGGCCGCUAUGGAGAAAAUGGUGGGUCAUCUCUGGCCUAAUCUUCUAUACGGUCAUUGUUUUUAUAUGCAACACCGGCUUCGUCACAGAUCAAGCCGAGGACCAGUUCAAAGUCAAUACCGAGCUCUCCGUAAUGGGACAGAGCUUCUUCAUACUGGGAAUCGCCAUAGGACCCAUGUUCCUGGCACCCCUGAGUGAAGUGCAUGGACGUCAGCCAGUCUACACAACUGGCAUACUCCUCUUUUCGAUUCUGCAAAUACCAGCCGCUCUUUCGCCCACAUAUGCGGGCUUGAUUACUGCCAGAUUUCUCGCAGGUUGCUUUGCUGGUAUACCAUUAUCGAACGUUGGGGCCAGUGCUUCGGACCUAUUUACGACCUCUCACACAGCCUGGCCGAUAAUGCUGUUUUCCUUCUGCUCACAAGUCGUUGGCCCUUGUCUCGGGCCGGUGAUUGGUUCAACCAUUUACGUGAGGACUAAUAGCCUCAGAUGGCUGUACUGGACAACAUUGAUAGCCGGGAUGUUGAAUUUUGUUUGGUCAUUGACAUUUGGCGAGACGCUCCAUGAUAAAGUCUAUGCAAGACAUACUGGCAUCAAGCAGAAGAAGUCCGCAACAGCCUACGUAGGCCGCGAGCUAGGCCGCGCGGCCAUCUUUCUUUGCACCGAGCCCAUUGUCAUGGCCCUGGCUCUUACAACGACAUUUCUUUUCGGUUUAAUCUUCAUCUACCUUCAAGGGUACACAUUCGUUUACGAGGACCACUUCAAUCUCAGUACGGUGCCGGAAGGAGCCAUGUUCCUAGUCUCCAUCCUUGGCGGCUUUGUCGCUUUCGCCACACAACCAGUGCAGAAUUACCUUUAUAGGCGAUCUGCCGCUUCCACAAGCACGGGAAAACCUCGUCCGGAAGCACGCUUGUAUACUGCCUGCUUUGCCGUGUGGAUCAUGCUAAUAUCGAUAUUCUGGUUCGCGUUCACAGCCUCGAAUAACAAGUCGUACCAGAUCCCCAUGUGGUCAGGGUUCCUCUUCGGCUACGCGGAGGUCGCCAUUUAUACCGGAUUGUGGCAAUAUGGUACGGACGCCUAUGGUGAGAACGCAGGCUCGGCGUUGGCUGCCAUCAAUCUGCCAGCCAAUACGGCCGCCUGUGGUUUGGCGCAUGCAGCUUUACCAUUCUUCAACAAUGUUGGAAACAGAUGGACGCUAGGUAUCUUGGGCUUCACUUGUGUAUUGUACCUGGCGGUACCGCCGCUGCUGGUAUACUUUGGCCAAUGGCUAAGGAAGAGGAGCCCGUAUGCACUAAGUCGCGAAGGUGGUGGAGCAGACGAGUGAACUGAUUAUGAUGACAAGCAAGGAUAUGGAGCGCUCGGCAGAGUACGAGUAGCGAUCAGUGUAUGAAGUCAUAGGCGUCGAUAUUCGGCACGUGGUCAAUUAUGAGAGUGCUUCGUUGUUGAAGGUUUGGUGGCUGACAAGCUUGCCGAGAGUGCCGAUCUAGCGACAAGUAGUGUGAGUAUCGGUGC